AUGGCUGGCGUUCCGUACAAAACUGAAAAACCCGUGACUGUCGACGAGGCAGAGCACCGUAUCCGCAUUACGCUCACUUCACAAAACGUUUCUUCACUUGAAAAGGUUUGUGAACAGUUGAUUCAAGGAGCCAAAGAAAAGAGUCUUGUGGUGAAAGGUCCGAUUCGUAUGCCAACCAAGAUAUUGCGUAUCACCACUCGUAAGACACCAUGCGGUGAAGGCUCAAAGACCUGGGAUCGCUAUCAGAUGCGUAUCCAUAAGCGUCUCAUCAAUAUGCACAGUCCAAGUGAUGUGCUCAAGCAAAUAACGAGCAUCUCAAUUGAACCGGGUGUGGAUGUAGAGGUGACCAUCAACGACUCAUAA